AUGGACGCCGGCGACGCCUCCACAUCGCUUGCCCUCACGGCGGCGGAGCCAUCACCGCCGAGCCCCACCAGGAGGAGCAAGAGGCCGGGCAACCCGCCGAAGCGCUUCGUGCACACCCCGAUCCCGCCCUCCAUCCUCUCCGACCCGACCCUGGCGGCCGCCGCCACCUCCCUCCUCCCGGCCAGCUACAACUUCGAGCUCCCCAAGACGGCGCACCGCAUACGGUCCGCGGCCGCCCGCCGCGUGGCGCUGCAGCUCCCCGAGGGCCUGCUCCUCUUCGCGCUCCCGCUCUCGCACCUCCUCGCGCCCUACCUCGAGCCCGACGCCGCCAACGACGUCCUCGUCCUCGCCGACGCCACCUACGGGGCCUGCUGCCUCGCCGACCGCCCCGCCACGGCGCUCGCCGCCGACGUCCUCGUCCACUACGGCCACUCCUGCCUCGUCCCCGUCACGUCCUCCCUCCUCCCUGUGCUUUACGUCUUCGUCGAGAUCCGCAUCGACGCCGCUCGCCUCGCCGCUGCCGUCCGCAACGCCUUCCCGGACCCCGCCGCCGCGCCCCGCCUCGCCAUUGCCGGGACCGUGCAGUUCAUCGCCGCGGUGCACGCCGCGCGCGAGAUGCUCACGAAAGAGGGCUACCGCGACAUCGUCGUGCCGCAGGCGAAGCCGCUCUCCGCCGGCGAGAUUCUGGGGUGCACCGCCCCGACGCUCAAGAAAUCGGAGGAGGUGGGCGCGGUGGUGUUCGUCGCCGACGGGAGGUUCCACCUCGAGGCGUUUAUGAUCGCCAAUCCCGGGGUGAAGGCCUACCGUUUCGACCCAUUUCUUGGGGUUCUCGUUCUGGAGGAGUAUGACCAUGUUGGCAUGAAGCAGGCGAGGAAAGCGGCGGUGUUGGCGGCGAGGAAGGCCAAGAACUGGGGAGUCAUACUCGGGACCCUGGGAAGGCAGGGGAGCACGAAGGUUCUCGACAGAGUGGUGGAGCAUUUGGAGGAGAAAGAGUUGGAGCACACAGUGGUGCUCAUGUCGGAGCUUUCCCCGGCGAGGAUGGAGCUGUUUGGAGAUUCGAUUGAUGCCUGGGUGCAAAUUGCUUGUCCACGCUUGUCCAUUGAUUGGGGAGAGGGUUUCAAGAAGCCAGUGCUGACAACCUUCGAGUUUGAUGUCGCACUGGGCUAUGUCCCUGGGUGGUGGGAGAAGGGGAGCAGGGAAUGUGGUGGUGAAUGUAGUAGUGGGUGUUGUUCAGGAUCAGGAACUUGUGGAAACUGCAACUGCAGUGGUGGGGAUUUUGGUGGUGAUUACCCGAUGGAUUAUUAUUCGCAAGAUGGAGGUGAUUGGAAUAGCUGCUACAUGAAGAAGAAGCCAUCUACUGGCGAGAGGAAAUUGCGGGUUCGGAUUGGUAAGCACUCAAAUUCUUAA